AUGUGGUGUUUGGCUGAUUCCAAAACUUCAUAUAUUGUAAAUUUUGAAAUUUACACUGGAAAAUGCAAUGGAAAUCAAUCAAGCGAACCACUUGGUGAACGGGUAGUUUUGAAACUUACUCAUGAACUUGAAGGAAUCGAAUCAUUGGUUGCAUUUGACAACUUUUUUACAUCUGUAAAUGUUGUAGAUGCACUUUGUAAAAAAGACAUUUAUUCUGUUGGGACUGUACGAACAAAUCGAAAAGGAUUGCCAGAAAUCAUGAAAGAAAAAAAGAAAUUACAAAGAGGAGAAUAUGAGUACAGGACGAAAAACAAUAUCAGAGCUAUAAAGUGGAUGGAUUCAAAAAUCGUCACAGUUCUUUCGUCAGCUCAUAAUCCUCUAACUGUUACAACGGUUAAAAGGACUCUGAAAACUGACAAAAGAAUCAUACAAGAUCUCGGAUAA